AUGAGGAGGAUUAGAGUCCAUAUUGAAGGGAAUAUGAUUGAAGAUUUAGGGUUUGAUAUUAUGGUGGUAGAGAUGAACCUAAUCUCAACUGCUGCGGAGAAGAAGACGGACCACGAUGCUGAAAGAACGAUAAUACAUACAAUGCUCCUCAGGAAGAGUAACUCAAAUUCUAUGAAGAUGAAGUUCCUCGUGAAUGGAGAGGAGUUGUGCUUCAGGAUGAAGGAGUUUGCAUUGGUCAUAGGCCUGAAUUUCGGGAAAUUCCCUACGUUGAAUGAAAAAAACAAUAAUGGGCUUGUGGUGGAGGAUGAUGUGCUGGUGAAUGAGGAUAUUGAGGAGAAGAAGAAUGAGGAUGUGGUGGAGGAUGAUGUGUUGGUGAAUGAGAAUAUUGAGGAUGGACUUAUGGAGGAGAAGAAGAAUGAGGAUGUAGUGGAGGAUGAUGUGCUGGUGAAUGAGAAUAUUGAGCAUGGGCUUGUGGAGGAGAAGAAUGAAAAAGACAAUGUGGUCAAUGAGAAGAAGGAUGAUGUGUUUGUACAGAAUUUAGAGAAGAAGGAAGACAUGCAGAAUGUGCAAAAGGUGGAGGAAGAUUUGUUUGUGGAGAAGAUUGAGAAGAAGGAAGACAAUGUGAUGUAG